AUGAGUGGCAAGAAAGAAGAAUUUAAAGCUGGAAUCAUGGAUCGUAAACGAUCGCCAAAUCGUUUGGUAGUGGAUGAGGCAUUAAAUGAUGAUAACUCAGUCAUUGCUUUAAGUAUGGCAAAAAUGGAAGAGCUCCAGUUGUUUCGUGGUGACACGGUGCUUAUUAAAGGCAAGAAGGGUCAUGAUACGGUCUGUGUUGUUCUCCAGGAUGAGACAGUUGAUGAUAAUAAUGUUCGUAUGAACAAAGUCGUACGCAAGAAUUUACGCGUACGUCUGGGUGACGUUGUGGGAAUCCACACGUGCGGUGAUGUGCCCUAUGGCAAACGUAUUCACGUGCUACCAAUUGAUGAUACCAUUGAGGGCGUCACUGGCAAUUUAUUUGAUGUGUAUCUUAAACCUUACUUUGUAGAGGCCUAUCGCCCCGUUAAGAAAGGUGAUUUGUUCCUUGUGCGUCAAGCCAUGCAUCCCGUUGAGUUUAAAGUCGUGGAGACUGAACCUGCGCCGUACUGUAUUGUUGCACCCGACACGAUCAUUCACUGCGAAGGAGAACCUGUACGUCGCGAAGACGAGGAAAAAAUGGAUGAGGUUGGCUACGACGAUAUUGGUGGAUGUCGUCGCCAGAUGGCUCAGAUCCGCGAAAUGAUUGAGCUGCCACUGCGUCAUCCGCAGUUGUUCAAGACAUUGGGCGUCAAGCCUCCUCGUGGUGUGCUACUGUACGGUCCACCUGGUUCUGGUAAGACGUUGAUUGCUCGGGCGGUGGCAAACGAGACGGGCGCUUUUUUCUUUUUGAUCAACGGUCCCGAAAUCAUGUCAAAAAUGGCUGGAGAGUCAGAAAGCAAUUUGCGUAAGGCUUUUGAGGAGGCGGAGAAGAAUGCACCGGCUAUCAUUUUUAUUGAUGAAAUUGACUCGAUUGCGCCGAAGCGUGAGAAAACCAAUGGUGAGGUGGAGCGACGUAUCGUAUCGCAGUUACUCACGCUGAUGGACGGUCUGAAGCAGCGUGCCAGCGUGGUGGUAAUUGGUGCUACGAAUCGACCUAACAGCAUGGAUCCUGCUCUUCGUCGUUUUGGUCGUUUUGACCGUGAAAUCGAUAUUGGCGUUCCAGACGAGAAUGGACGUCUUGAAAUCUUUCGUAUUCAUACGCGCAAUAUGAAGUUAGACGAUGAUGUGGACCCGGAGAUGAUUGCCCGUGACACGCAGGGUUUUGUGGGCGCUGAUAUGGCAGCUUUGUGUACCGAGGCUGCGCUACAGUGUAUUCGUGAGAAGAUGGAUGUGAUUGACAUCGAGGAUGAGACGAUUGACGCCGAGAUUUUGGAUGCGAUGUCGGUCACUCAGGCGCACUUUAAGUACGCUCUCGGCGUAUCGAACCCGUCUUCGCUACGUGAAACGACGGUGGAAGUGCCUUCGGUUACGUGGAAGGAUAUUGGUGGUUUGGAAAGUGUCAAGCGCGAGUUGCUGGAGCUGGUGCAAUACCCCGUGGAGCACCCGGAAAAGUUUGAAAAGUAUGGUCUUAGCCCGUCAAAGGGUGUACUCUUCUAUGGCCCACCCGGUUGUGGUAAGACACUUCUGGCUAAAGCUGUGGCCAAUGAAUGCCAGGCGAAUUUCAUCUCGAUCAAGGGUCCUGAACUUUUGACCAUGUGGUUUGGCGAGUCUGAGGCUAAUGUCCGUGAGGUGUUCGACAAGGCACGCGGUGCCGCUCCAUGUGUCCUGUUUUUUGAUGAGCUGGACUCCAUUGCCCAACAGCGUGGCAGCAGCGCUGGCGAUGCUGGCGGUGCCGGUGAUCGUGUCAUGAACCAGCUUUUGACGGAGAUGGAUGGAAUGGGCGCGAAGAAGAACGUGUUUAUCAUCGGUGCCACGAACCGCCCUGAUAUCAUCGACCCAGCCUUGAUGCGUCCGGGCCGUUUGGAUCAGCUUAUUUUCAUCCCGAUGCCUGACUUUGAGUCGCGUCUGAGCAUUCUGCGUUCUGUGCUUCGUAAGAGCCCUGUGUCCAAGGAUGUGGAUCUUAACUUUCUAGCCCAGCAGACAGAUAAGUUUUCAGGUGCCGAUCUUACGGAAAUUUGCCAGCGUGCUGCCAAGUUGGCAAUUCGCGAGAGCAUUGCCCGCGACAUGGAGCGCGAUCGUCUCCGUGCUGAGGCUGGUGACGAAAUGGACGAUAUUGAGGAGGAGGAUCCGGUGCCAGAGAUUACGCCGCGCCACUUUGAGGAGGCCGUGCGUAAUGCGCGCCGCUCAGUCAGUGACCGUGACUUGGCACAGUACUCUACCUUUGCACAAACGCUUCAGCAGGCACGUUCGCAUGUGACAGCAGGCGGAUCUUCGUUGGCCAACUUUUCGUUUCCAGGCCGCAACGUCAGUGCUGGCGCAAUUGGUGGUGUUGCUGACGUUGCUGGCGAAGACGAGGAAGACCUUUACAGUUAA